UGCAACACUGCGAUUUCUUUUCGGCCUCCUUUUUGGCUGCUGUUUCGUGUGUUGACCAAUAAAUUUUUCGUACGCAGCAUAUUUUUUUUUGACACUUCUCAAUUACAAAACCCUAAUAUACGUAUUUAAACCGCAUAAUCUGCUUACGGGACUGGCUGAGCGAUUAUUACUGGGCAACUCACGCAACAACAUUGUAUGCAGCUCGCGUAAAAUACGUACACGAACUAACAAAACGACGGUAAAAAAGAAGAAAAAAAAACAGGCAGAGGCAAAGGCAACUCCAACAACCGACACUGAAACGUGAAUGUGAAAGCGAAUAAGCCGCGGCAAGGAACUGGUGCAACACACAAGCGCAACAACAGCACAUAUACGACACAACAGAAGCAGAGAGCGCAAAACAUAUGUGGCUAUAAACAAAAGGCAUUGGCAUUAGCACUUUCCAUGACAAUUAAUUACAAAAUACGCUAGCCUGUUGUGUAAACAAUUGCCAAUCGGCUCGAAUCGCAUCACUAGCGUACGACAACGACGGCAGCAUCAACAAAAGCAUUCAACGCAUCCAUUGCAGGCAUAUUGACUUCAAUUAUACAUAUAUAUAUAUACAUAUAAAUAUAUAUAUAUAUAUAUCUCGUGUGAGUGUGUGCGUGUGUGUUUGUUAUCAAUAAUAUCGCAUCGGAAGUUGUUGCUAAAGAAGAGUUGCAGCGAGAGCGACAAUUAAAAAUGGCCACCGCUGCCACCGUCGACGUUGUAAAUGCAGUGAACGACUGCUUCAGUAUCGGUUCCACAGUGCUCUGCACGAACUGUUUCAAGGAGGAGGUGGAGGGCGAGGUGCUCGCAUUCGAUCAUAACACAAAAAUGCUUAUAUUGAAAUGUCAUUCGAAGACGACAGAGGAUCUGAGUGAUGUUUAUGUGAUGAACUUAUCGCUAUGCAGUAACGUGCAGGUAAUCAAGGAAUGCAAUGGCAAUUUCAUUGAUGACCCCCAAAAGCUCAACCUGGAACAGGUUAAAAUGCGUCUUCGCAAAACAUUAGAGAGAAGACAGGAUUAUCUCAAGUCAAAGAAUGCCGAUGUCAGUCCAGAAGCACAAGAGCUCUAUAGAGCGAUAGCCAAACAACUUGGGUCGCAUGAAGUGUCGUGGCAAGGACAGAACAUACAAAUAUUAAAUGAAGUUACCGUCUCGCCGCCAUACAGGGUGGAUAAUGUUGUUUCCAGUUCGGAUAACGAGACUGCGUGCAACUACAUAAAACGAAUUAUCAAACAGUUCUUCAUCACGAGACCUUCGGCGGCUUUGGAAAAUACGCAUGGCACGGCCAGCUCUUCGUCGGCAUCCGUGUCGCCAUCGUCCUCAUCUCUCUCAUCGAGUAAUGCAGCUUCAGGAUCGCCGGUUCCCGCUAACUAAAAAUAAACAAAACAAAACAAAAAAACCUAUUUGUUUC